AUGCCAAGGUCUGGGAAGGUCAAUGAAGUGGUGCAGGAAUGGCUGGUGAAGGAGGAUGGUGCGCUGGCCAGUCGACUGCAGGAUGAGGAGAUCACGGAGCACUACCAGCAGAACCGGCUACGCAACGGCGUUAUCCGCGCCGACGUGCCACGCGCGCGCAGCGAGCAGCUCAAGGAGGACGAGCGUGCUGCCUACAAGCAGGCACUGCAUGAGCAGAAGCUGUAUGAACAGUACGCGGCGGACGCGGACGUGGCGCGGCGGCUGGCGCUGGAGGCGCGCCUGCUCGGCCUGGAGGCGCCCGUGCGCGAGCUGCGGCUGGUCUCGCCGCCUGGCGCCGAGCGCGUGUACUCAGACGACGACCUGAGCGACCUGAUGGCGCCGCCGCCGGCGCUGGGCCAGCCGCUCAGCGAGGACGACGUGCGCAGCUGGCAGGAGGAGCAGGACGAGGAGGUAGCCCGGCUGCUGCAGGAGCAGGAGACCAAGCGGCGCGGCGACGUCAUGCCUCGUGACAAGGUGGCCGCCAUCGAGGCGCAGGACCGCGAACUGGCCAAGGUGCUGCAGGAGCAGGAGCGCGCCCGGCUGCGGCGGGCCAAGGAGCGGGCGGCGUUGCGCUAG